AUGUGGGCAACGGGGCAUCUCCUGCUGGUGGCCCUCACCGCAGCCACAGCCGGCCUGGCGGCGCCUAACUGCCCUCCGCUGGGUCCGACCUUUGAACCACCACGCAACUUUGCCAGGAGCGGAGCCAUACGUGCCGCCAUUGCCAACCUGACCGAGACCCUCCGAGCGCGAGACCAAGACAACUCACCCUCUGUCCUCGCGAACUUGACAAGCUACAGCAUCGAGGUGUUGAGCACGAGCCAAGAGACUCCGGUGAUAUUCAGCUGGCACCACACAGCAUCUUCUCUCACAGCUACCGACGGCGGCAACGCCACCGUGGGCGUAACCAAGGUCGAAGCCGACACGGUGUACCGGCUCGGCAGCCUGACUAAGACCUUCACCAUCUACACAUGGCUCGUGCAAGACGGGGACUCGAAAUGGAACGAACCGAUUACGAAGUAUGUGCCAGAACUCGCGGCGGCGGCGGAAAGAGCGAAGUUAGAUCCUGUGGGGAAUGUCCCGUGGGACGAGGUGACGAUCGGGUCACUGGCGGGACAGUUGUCAGGGGCUAUACGAGACUGUGAGCGUCCGGCCAUGCUCGCGGCCCUAGGAUUCCCACCCCUGAACAGCUCCGACCCGACGCUGCCGCCGUGCGGGGCCUGGCCGUUGUGCAAUCGAACUGGUAUGGGCGAACAGGCUUCCAGGGCAGAGCUAUGCAAGGCACCUCCGUCCUACGCCCCGUUUACCACGCCGGCAUACACCAACACGGGCUUUCAAAUCCUUGCAUACGCCCUUGAAAGCAUCAAGGGCAAAAGCUUUGAGUCGAUGAUGCAGGAGAGCGUCCUGCGCCCAUUAGGCCUCAACCACACGUUUUACACCGCGGCGCCGGCAGAGGUGGGCAUCAUCCCUGGCGGCAACCUGUCCGCAGCAGGAUGGAACUACCAGCUUGGCGACGAAAACCCCGCCGGGAACAUGUUCUCCUCCAUCGCCGACAUCUCCGCCCUCGGCCGCGCCAUCCUCCGCUCCGACCUGAUUCCACCAUCCCUAACCCGACGCUGGCUGAAACCCGCAUCCUACUCCUCGGAACUGAUAGCAGGGGUGGGCUACCCGUGGGGUGUCCGUCGGAUCCCACUGUCAUCAUACGGCGCCAACGGCAAGCGCGUCGUGGACGCGUACAACAAGGCCGGCCGCAUCGGGUACUACGCCUCACUGCUCAUCUUGCUACCGGACUACGACGCGGGCUUGUCCAUUCUUGUUGCAGGGCCAAACAUACCGGGCAACACCAACUGGAAUCUUGCCGACCUUGUCGGGACGCACAUGGUCCCUGCGCUGGAGGCGGCUGCCAGGGAGCAGGCUGAUGCACGGUACGCGGGCGAGUACACCUACUCGGCGGGUAAUUCGUCAAUACGGUUGACUACGCAGAACGAUAGACCCGGGUUGGGGGUGGAGAGUUGGAUUAGUAACGGGACGGAUAUGAAAUUGGUCGGGGUAGUCCUGUCGGCGGGGUAUCAGCCCGUGGACCCGAGUAUUAGGUUGUAUCCGACGGGGCUGGAGACGGUGAGGGAAGAUGGGAGUAAGAGGGUGGCGUUUAAGGGGGUUUUUGAGGAUUUGAAUCUACCGAGCAGGCCGGACUCGAUGUUCUCGACUGAUUGUGGCACGUGGGUGUCUCUAACGGGUGUCACGUAUGGGACGUAUCCGCUGGAUCAGUUUGUGUUUGAGAUCGGGAGAGAUGGCCGGGUGAGGAGUGUUGAGAAUUUGGCGUUGAGGGUGGCGAUGGGGAAGAAGGGUUGAUUUGUUUUGUCCAAGUCAAUAAUCUGAGAGGAACGAAUCUGGGUGAACGGGGUUUCCAU